GCGUAGGGGCCGGCGGCGGGCGCCCGGGGACCGCGGGCAGGGGGUGCUAAGGGAGGGCCGCUUGGGUGUCCGUCCGUCCGUCCGUCCGGGAGUCUGUCCGUCCGGGAGUGUGCGGCCCGCCGGCUCUAGCCCUCAGCGUGUCCUCCCGGGGCAGGCCUGCUGCCCGCUGCUGCUGUGACACAGGAGAAGCCGGAGAGCGAAGCGGGGAACCGCCAGGAUGAAGCUGGUGAGGAAGGACCUGGAGAAGGAUAAUGCGGGGCAGGUGACGCUGAUCCCCGAGGAGCCCGAGGACAUGUGGCACACUUACAACCUGCUGCAGGUGGGUGACAGCCUCCGCGCCUCCACCAUCCGCAAGGUGCAGACCGAGUCGUCCACGGGCAGCGUGGGCAGCAACCGCAUCCGCACCACCCUCACCCUCUGCGUGGAGACCAUCGACUUCGACUCGCAGGCCUGCCAGCUGCGGGUUAAGGGCACGAAUAUCCAAGAGAAUGAGUAUGUGAAGAUGGGCGCCUACCACACCAUCGAACUGGAGCCCAACCGGCAGUUCACCCUGGCAAAGAAGCAGUGGGACAGCGUGGUGCUGGAGCGCAUCGAGCAGGCCUGCGACCCGGCCUGGAGCGCCGAUGUGGCAGCCGUGGUCAUGCAGGAAGGGUUGGCUCACGUCUGCCUGGUCACCCCGAGCAUGACGCUUACUCGUGCCAAGGUGGAGGUGAACAUCCCCCGCAAGCGGAAGGGGAACUGCAGUCAGCACGACCGGGCUCUGGAGAGGUUUUACGAGCAGGUGGUGCAAGCCAUCCAGAGGCAUAUCAACUUUGAGGUGGUGAAGUGUGUACUGGUGGCUAGCCCAGGCUUCGUGCGGGAGCAGUUUUGUGACUACAUGUUCCAGCAGGCAGUCAAGACUGACAACAAACUUCUGCUGGAGAACAGGUCCAAGUUCCUACAGGUCCACUCUUCCUCAGGACAUAAAUACGCACUGAAGGAAGCACUCUGCGACCCAGCUGUAACUAGCCGUCUUUCUGACACUAAGGCAGCUGGCGAGGUCAAAGCCUUAGAUGACUUCUAUAAAAUGCUGCAGCACGAGCCUGACCGGGCUUUUUAUGGGCUGAAACAUGUGGAGAAGGCCAAUGAAGCCAUGGCCAUUGAUACCCUGCUGAUCAGUGAUGAGCUUUUUCGGCACCAGGAUGUGGCUACACGUGCCCGAUACGUUAAAUUGGUAGAUAGCGUACGGGAGAACAUGGGCACAGUACGCAUUUUCUCCAGCCUCCAUGUGUCUGGAGAGCAGCUGGGCCAGCUGACAGGGGUGGCAGCCAUCCUGCGCUUUCCUGUUGCUGAACUCUCUGACCAGGAAGAUGAAUCUAGCUCUGAAGAGGAUUGAUAACAUUGCUUUCGUUCCACAGUUUCUUUUCCAUGUCAUGUUGCAGUGACGUUAAAGGCCCUCCCAACCUGAGUACUGUGUGCAGAUGUACUAUGAUAUGUAAUUAGAAGGUUUUAAUAGUAAACAUAUGCAUACAUUUAUAUAGCUUUACUCGGCACACUACUUGAUACCUGAUCUAUGGUAAUAAUUACUGGUAUGCCAUGCAAAGCUGACUGUUCUUGCAGAUCUGGAUCACCAGCAGUACAAGAAACUAAUUUGGCUCCCCCAAUGCUGCUUAGUCUGCAUGUUAAGGCAGACUGCUAACUUAGUGAAAUGUGUAGGAAAAAAUAGUAAACUAACAAGGACAGAUUCAUGUUAUUUCUGUUCAAAUGCUUGAAAAGAGUAUUGCAAAACAAAUGUAAACUUCUUCAUGGAAGACCUGUCAAAAAUGUGCUUGAUCUUCAUAGGAACUCCCUCUUCUUAGUAGGAUGUGUCAAAGGAAUGGGGUCAACAUUAUCUCUUAGAGCUUUGUGUGGUGGUGUUGUAAGUCUAACCACUUAAAUACUUCUGUGAAACACUUGACACAAUCUUUUAGGAACUAGACCCUUUAAGUUAACCAUUUCUUCGCUAACAUGAUAGUAGCAUCUGCAGGACAAAUAGUGGAUCUCAGUGCACCAGUUUAAUUAUCUUUUUGAAUGCUGUUACCUGGGGAAAUUGUCCUGAAGACUAACAAGGUGUCAUUGACUGUAUUCUGCUGAAUUGGCAUUAUUUAGCACCCAGUUCUGAGAAAGUAUGGGAAAAAGCUUAGAAAAUCAGGACUUUAGUUUCCACUAGGAAUCUUUUGAUAGCAAGUAGUUUAGGUAGGUUUCUAACCUGGUAUUCUAUUUGCCUAUCUCUUUCAAAACAUACAUAAGCUGGGAUACAGAAAUAAAGAUGACACAAUUAUAAAUCAAACUUCAGCUUAAGAUUGUGGUAGCUGUAAAAGUGCAAAUUGCCUUUUCAAAUAUUUGAUCUGCUCAAAGUACUGAGAGCCACAAAGAGUUUUGUGUCUUCACCAGGCAGUAAAUCUUAGGCUGAGGAAGCAAACUGUUUUCAAAUUCAGACAUAACCUGUGGUUGUAUUGUUUCAAGCCAAUAUUUGAUGAUGUGGCUUGUGUGUGUAAAUAGGCAUUCCUUUUUUAAAACGUGGUGGAAGACAAGAACAGGAACCACAGAAGAAUUCUGUAAAAUGGAAAGUGUCAAAGGAGUGGAGCAUUAAAAAAUAAAACCACCAAAACUCCUAGUCUAGGCAGAAUAUUUCAGGAAAAUCAUUUUUAAGGGUAGUCCCCUAUGUUCAUGGGUGCCAAUCCUUUGAAUUUAAUAUUAUCUAUUGGUAGCUGAAACAUUAGUCUAAACUUCUUGAUAGAGAAGUAUUUUUGAAUUAAAGCCAUCUCCCCUUUUCUACAUUAUCCACACAGUCUAAGGAAUUCUUGAACAGAACUUAUAUUAGAGCUGUAACACUUCGAUUCUUCUUCCACUGAAGACAAGGAAGCCCAUUGAGACACUUGUUUACAGUCAGCUUGCACGCAUAAAUUUUAUUAUUUGAGCUUUGCAUUUUUGUCUUGAAUGAUGUUGGGUGCCGCAAAUCAAAGAAGGCUCAGGUAGGCUUUCUUUACCAGUUAAGACUGCUUAAAUUAAUUAAUUUUUUUUUAACUUGCCUAAGUUGAUUAUACACUUUUCCAGCUAGAAAGCACCUUGAUUCCUGCUGUAUCUAAUUUAAUGUAAAAAAUAUAGGAAACAGGAGAAACUGACCAGGAAAUAGUAAUUAUAUGCAGCAAAUUAUGGCGUUAAACUCAUGUCUGAACAAGUCAUUAAUUCCUCCAGGCUGUUAUAGGAUGGUAUAGUAGUAUAUUCCCUUUUUCUAAGUAAAGCCAGUUUGUUGCGGUUGUACACAAAUGACACAUUCAAAUUUGUAGUACACCAGAAAUUCUUAAUUUAUUUCUCAGCAAACUCUCUGAAAGACAAAUCAAACUGUUCUUUGGUUGUGGGAUGGAUGGCUAUUUUGUCAGACCAAGUUGGUUCCAAUUAUUCCAUUUUAAACCAGAAAUUAUGAAGAGGUUUUGCUGUGUACUGCAUGAUUACAGUGGCAAUUUUGUGUUUUGUUCCUGUAGUUACUACCAAGGAAAGAAGUGGCCUUUUUUGUGUGUGUUUGGUUUUUCUUUCAUCUGCUAAGAAAAUGUGAAAAUAAUGAUUCUUUGAAUUAUUUACACUUAGAAUUAAAAAUCUGCCAUGACUUUA